UUUCGCUGUUCGUUGGUUGUCCGAUUUCAUACAUUUCUUCUCAUUCUCCAUACAGCGAAGACUACAACUGGGCGUUUUCUCUUUUUUCUCCUUAAAUAAACAAAUAAUUUUUUUAAAUAAUGAAAAAGCGGACCUUGAAUUCCGGAUUGCCUCUGAUCCGUGCCAAGUGCAAUUCUUCAAUUGCCCGUUUCUGUUAUCGUUCUCUUCCGUCAAUUCUCUAUUAAGCCUUCUUCUAUUCCAUUCCCAAUCCUUGGGGGUAUUUGAUACAUGCCCUUUCCAUCUUGAAUUCACCCUUUCAAUCCCCUUUCUCUCUGCUGUUCAGUUAAAAGAGUUUGGGGAUUCAUUAUUUUUUUUCCUGAAUAGUGAUUGUUUUUAUCUUUUUGCUUCAUUCGUCGAUGGAUGGCACAUUUCAUCGACGAGGGCUUGUGUCGAAUGCUCCAUCUCCAGGUUACUUUGUGCCACUGGAAACGUCAAGCAAAGAUGAUGGUGUUUAUCCAAAGAAGAGAGCAGGGAUGCGAAGAUGGUUUUGUUGCAUCUGCCAAUCAGAGGAAUCCCAUCCCACACGCGAAACUGAGCUCCUAAAAAGUCCCGCUAAGAAUUCUGAUGGACGUCCAAGACGCGCAAGAGUACAAGCUCCUGCCAAACCUGAGGUGGAGAAGGCAAUCCCAGUUAUUGAGGUGCCUGUUUAUUCUCUGGAGAAGUUAAAGGAAAAAACUGACAAUUUUGGAUCAAAGGUAUUAAUUGGUGAAGGAUCUUAUGGAAGAGUGUACCGUGCAAGUUUAGAUGAUGGCAAAGCUGUGGCUGUGAAGAAGUUAGAUAUGUCAUCUGAGCCAGCGCCAAAUGCUGAGUUCUUAACCCAGGUUUCCAUGGUUUCAAGGAUGAAACAUGUCAAUCUUAUUGAGCUGCUUGGCUACUGUGUAGAAGGGAGUCACCGUGUGUUAGUUUAUGAGUUUGCAACCAUGGGAUCUUUACAUGAUAUAUUGCAUGGAAGGAAGGGAGUACCAGGAUCACUGCCUGGCCCUACACUUGAUUGGAUGCAACGGGUCAGGAUCGCUGUUGAGGCUGCAAGGGGACUUGAAUAUUUGCACGAGAAGGUCCAACCUCCUUUAAUACACAGAGAUAUCAGAUCCAGCAACAUCCUUCUGUUUGACGACUUCAGUGCAAAGAUUGCAGAUUUUAACCUUUCUAAUCAAGCUCCAGAUAUGGCUGCCAGGCUUCAUUCUACUAGAGUUCUGGGAACAUUCGGUUAUCAUGCACCAGAAUAUGCAAUGACAGGACAACUAACACAGAAGAGCGACGUUUAUAGCUUUGGGGUCGUGCUGCUUGAACUUUUGACAGGCAGGAAACCUGUAGAUCAUACUAUGCCUCGCGGACAGCAGAGCCUUGUCACCUGGGCCACCCCAAGAUUGAGUGAAGACAAAGUGCACCAAUGUGUAGACCCAAAGCUAGGAGAGUGUCCUCCAAAAGCUGUGGCAAAGAUGGCAGCUGUUGCAGCAUUGUGUGUACAAUAUGAGUCCGAAUUUCGCCCCAACAUGAGCAUUGUUGUGAAGGCUCUCCAGCCAUUGUUGAAGUCUCACGCUCCUCAUGCUCAUGAAAUGUAAUGUUGAUAUUAUCGGCUGCUCAGGAUUUCUACACAAAGCAUCAUCUAUCCCCAAAAUUACCCCCUACCCCCAAAAACAAAAAAAAAAAAAAACAAAAAAACAAAAGAAAAAUGAAUCUUAGGAUUUGCCUAUGUGGUCUACUCAAUUAUUGUGAUAUGUUGUUAUUGAUUGAAUCAUGGAUAUUGAUCUGUGGUGAUUUUCUCCAGUGAGUAUGCUGUAUAUCAUAUUUAUUUUUAUUUAUUUAUAUCAAUGGAGGUGAUAACAUUAAGUAA